AUGGACCGUAUUGUGGCUGAACACAUCCAUGAAAGAGCAAUGUCCACCAUCUUUCUGAAUGAAAAGCUCAUGAAAGGACCACCUCGUUUCAGGGAGGCAGACCUAAAGGAUCCACGUCUCCGUCACUGCGCCUUUGACCCGGAGACUAUUGUUUUCGAAGCUCGAAUCGGAGGCGGGAAAGAUGGCUACGUCUGGAGGGUUAAAUUUGGCGACGAGGGACCAUUUGUCCUGAAGGUUUUCUGGGAUCAAGUACCUCCUAUCAAGGCUGGGGACUAUUAUUCGAUGCAGCGAGAGUGCCAGAAUGCUGCUAUCCUUCAGAUGAUGGAGGCAGCCGUAGCAACGAAGCCAGUGCUUGUAAACGCUCGCCCCGAGACAAAACAGGCUGCUAUAUGGAACUAUCUGUCAUUUUCCGAAGAGAACUGCUCUCCGAGAUAUACCAGGGAUCUUAGCGAGGCAGUUGCAGGCCCAAGGACCAGACUCAUCUCAUCAUUACCACGUAUGACCAAAUGCUAUGGCUGGCUGAAGCUGCCUAACGAGAUUUGGAUCGAUCUGCCACCCCAUCUGCAAGCCGUGAAUGAAGAUCCCAGAAAGCUCAGAACGCUUUUUGAAAAUCACAUGGGCUGCGUUGCGGUUAUCUACGAGCUAGUUGAAGAAGGCGAAAAUGAGAUAGACACGGUGGAAGAUGUUGAUACAUUUCUAUGGCAUGCUGGUUUUGCCUAUGCGGUUGAUCCACAUCCAAAGAAUUGGAAAAGCGGCGUCUUGGUCGAUCACUCCGAAAUUGUUCAUAUUCGCGGAUAUAAAUGGAACAUGGAGGAUUACAUCGGAAGGACAGCGGAGCAGAUACUAGAAGGUGAUGGAGCUGAGUAA